AUGAUGGGAUAUGGGGGUCAUUCAUUUCACCAGCAACGGCAAGCUCAGCAGAAUGCCCAUCCUCAACAGCAGCAACAUCUCCAGUCCCCGUCGAUGGGGGCCGCUGCUGCGGCUGCGGCUGCCACUGCCACGCAUCAACACCAUAACAGUGGUAUCGCCGGGAACAAUUCCCUUCUGCGCGGUCAACAGCAAACCGAUUUGGCAGCUCAUUCUCCAGAUCUUCGCAAGAUGACUCCGUCGUCGUCGGCGCCGCUAGUGGGAAUUCCCACGGCCGGCAAUUUCGCUUCCUUCCCUGGCCAUUUCCCGCCCCAGGUUCAUCCGAUCUGCUCUCUCGAGGUGCCGAGUCUUUUUCGCGGGCACCCCGCGGCGGCCAUGAACGCCCAGGCGGCCAUGUCGCCGCACGCGCAUGCCAUGGGCUUGUCAUCGCCGCAGCAGUCGAUGGACCGCAUGCAACAUGCGCAGUAUCAACACCGACAGACGACGCAUACCCACCCGGCGCAAACUCCCACGACCGCGUCGCCCAUGUUGGCCGCAGCUCAGCCCCAGCAGCAGCAUCAGUACCAGCAGCAGGCGCAGUAUCAGGCAACGCAACAGGCUCAGUAUCAACCGCAGCAGCAAGCACAGUACCAGCAAGCUCAGCAGUCUCCCUACCAACAAGCUCAGGCCCAGCCUCAGUAUCAAGCACAAGCGCAACAGUCGCCUUACCAGCAGCAAGUGCAGCAAACUUUCCAGCAACAGCAAGCUCAACAGGCACAACAGGUCCAGCAACAAGCGCAACAGCAAGCACAGCAGUCCUAUCAGCAGCAUGCUCGGUACCAAUCGCAGCAGGCCCAGCGCUCGCCAUAUCAAUCACAGGCCCAGCAGCACCAGUUCCAACAAGCUUACCAGCAACGCCAAUAUCAGCCGCAGCAACAAGCACAGUAUGCGCAACAAGCGCAACAACACCAGCAACGACCGCCGCAGUCGACAACGCCGUCAACCAUGGGGGGAAGUGCAGAGCUCUCAGUCCAAGAGCCAGACGCGGAAGAGACUAAAACCAAGCGACGUCCGAAGCAACCCAAGGCGACUGUAUCUCCUGCGAUAUCAGCGAAACAAGUGAAUGGUCAAACGCCGGCU